CUGGCAAGCCCACUGACAGAACACUUAAUAUGCUUCAAGAGACAUAUCGUGCUCUGUGAAUAACUAAUUCAAACGUUUUUGCAGCCUUUUAAGCAUAUCCUUUUCAAACGUCUAGUGCACUUGCAAUGGAUUUUAAAGAGCUGGGAGGUGAGGACAACUCCGACGGAGAUACUGAGGGAGAAGCUGAGGAUUUGAACAAUGUGAAAGCACUUACCGAAAAACUAAAGUUACAAACCCGCAGACCAUCCUACAUUGAAUGGCAGGAGCGCUUGCAGAGCCGACCGUGGAAGGAAAACCCAAGUUGUUCAGAAAUUGGCCAAGAGACUGCAGAGAAAUAUGUGUACUUGCAUGAAAUUAUGCGGGAUGAGAACUCAGAUCUAACCAUCCGCAACAUCUGUGGCUUCCAUACCAUUGAUGAUGCGUUGGAAUUUCUUAGGAAAGAGCUGGUGAGUGCACUUUUUUUGAAUGCCGAAAUUCAACAUACCUACCCUUUUUUUUCUCCAAUUCUGACACGGUUAUUUGUACAUUGACAUGUUAGAAAUGAAUUAGGCUACACUAUUUCUGCAUGUCCUAGAUAUGUAGAAUGAAACGAAAAUAUUAUAGUACGAAUGAAUAAGACGCAGUGCAACUAUUUGGUAAACGUACUUACCAGGUAGUUACACUGGUUUGGUUCGGCGGUCUUGUGCGUCCUCAUGACGCACGUGCCAGAGCGUAGAGCGUGUGUGACGGAGAGAUUUAUGGGAAAUAAUCGUGCUUUCACUGCUGAAUUUUGCUUGAAUGCCUGUCUGAUUAGAGCAUGACUUUGUGAUAUCUUUGCAUCCAAAAUAAUGUAAACAUGCUAAAACAAUAGGGACCUUCUGUUAAUUUCAGAGCAGAAAAAUCCCAAAAUAGAAAGGCAAAAUAUUUUUCGCAUAGAUCAUGUGUCAGUGUCAUUACACAUCAAUGGCACCCACUAAAUGCAAAAACCUAAUCCAAGGGUCUGAUUGCUAGAAUUGUAUAUUUGAUUACGGAUUUCUCCCCAUUCUCUCUCAUCGCUCUCCUUUCUGCCUGUCAUCCUCAGAGGGAGAUGCGGUUCCAGGACAACUGUCUGGCUCGGCAGCUGAUCCGUCUGCGUGUGGAGAUCCACCGGCUGAAGGUGGAGCAGGUGUGUCACUGUCACAAGGAGAUGUUGGACAACGCCACCUACGAGCUGGAGGAGUGUGGUGAGGAGUCUGACCUGCUCUGUGACAUCCCCAUGAAGGCUGCCUUUGCCCUCUCCACCCCCCUCAAACACCUUGGCCUCACCAAGAUGAACAUCAACUUCCGACGCUUCUCCCUCUGUUAAAACAUAUUCCACCCUGUGAGGGUGGAUUUACUGUAUUAACACCUCUGUCUAAUCUACGCAGGGUAAUCAGGGGUGUUUCCACUGCAAAUGUUUAUGUUAUGACACGAAAGGGAAGACGAAUGGCUGGAAGAGUGUGCAGACAGUAAUUAGCCAAGUGGGAGGAAAUGGAAAUGACUCCUUUGAUCCAUGCCCCAGCCCUGACUUGAGAUAGAUAGAUACAGGCCUCCAUAGUAGAGCCCUGUAGGGGCACGACACAACCCCAUUGCAUAGCAGCACCUUUCUACUGUACCUCAUGGAAGGUGCUGACUGAUAGGUCAGAGUAGAUAGACAGGGAAGAUAGUGAUGAGGUGUGGAUCUGGGGUGGAGGUGGUGUGAGUCUGGAUCACCAUGCUGUCAGAUCAAUUGCACUGUACAAAAGCAAUAGUUAAGAUGACCUUCUGAUAGAAUGAAGAAGACUGCCAUGAUGGUGAACCCUACUGUAACUAGAGAUGUCUCUUGAGAGUUGCACAGGGGAAUUGUCUUUCUUCAGAUGAAGAAAAAUCUAUCACAGCGCUAACACUCACUAACAUGAGUUCCAUACUGUAAUCCCAGUCCAGGAGGAAGUAUGUAUCAGACACUAGUCACAUCACAAGGGACAUGUUCCCAAACCCUGUUGACAGCCCAGGCCCUCCCCUCUGUGUUGGCAGAGUCCCAGACAGCAGUACACAGGAAGCUGGAGGUCACAUUCCAGCAUUCUGUUACCUCUUCUUCAGAGACCAAAAAUAACAAGGUCCUCCAUGUGGUCAUGGCUUCAAGGAUAUGACAUAAUUAGAGCCUAUGCCCUAUGUACUCCAUGCAUUUUAUUUUCCAUUAGAUGAUACAGAUGUUGUAGGCCCAAAGUGACAGUGUUGUGUCAGAUUAUCAGGGUUG